CGCCGGAGCCAGACGGUCUGACGCUGCGUGGCGAUGGUGCAGCUCCGGCCUCGCGUGUCAUGCGCGCCGGCUUCGGUCUUGGCGGCGGUGGAUGAAGGCCCGCCCGCCUUGGAGGCGGCGGCGGAGCACGGCCUGUUGCUCCCGCAGCCCAGUAGCGGCGCGGCCGCCGAACCGCUGCGGGAAGACGAGGACGGGGCCUACGAAUUUGACGACGAGGCCCCGGAGGAGCUGACUUUCGCCAGCGCCCAGGCGGACGCGAGGGAAGAGCAGCAGCGCGUUCGGGAGUCGGUGCGCAGGGACAAAACGCUCCUGAAGGAGAAGAGGAAGCGACGCGAGGAGCUGUUCAUCGAACAGAAGAAAAGAAAACUCCUUCCAGAUACUAUUCUAGAGAAGUUAACUACAGCUUCACAGACUGACAUAAAGAAAUCACCAGGAAAGUUGAAAGAAGUUAGUUUGCUGCAAAAGAAAAAUGAAGAAUGUGAAAAAGGAAGCAACUCCAAGAAAGCUCAAGUGCAGAAAGUACAAUCUGUUGGCCAGAAUAAAAGCUACUUAGCUGUAAGGCUAAAAGAUCAAGAUCUGAGAGAUUCAAGGCAACAAGCAGCCAAAGCCUUCAUACAGAAUUCUUUGUACGGUCCAGGAACCAGCAGAACUACCGUAAAUAAGUUCCUGUCUCUUGACAACAAGAGGUCACCAGUGAAAAAAGCUGCAGUCCAGUUUUUGACUAAUGCUUGGGGAACCCAGAAAAAACAAGAUGCCAAGAGGUUUAAAAGACGGUGGAUGGUUAGAAAGAUGAAAACAUCUAAGAAGUAAAUCAAAGCUUAAUGAAGAAUGAGAACUUGUAUGUACAGAACUUAAGAGUUUAGAGGGUUGAUUUUUCUGAAAACUUAAUAAAGCAUUUAUGAAUCAUUUCAAAGGGUCAGUAUAACCUCACCACAGGUCAUCCUUCUGGAUUGGAAUCAGACCUUGAGAUCUACAGGGGUCCUGGAAGAAAAAGCAGCUUAAAAGGAAUUGUUUUCCUUUCUUUUUGUGUUUCUCCAUUUAAUUGAAAGCAACACCUACAGGAGUCAGGGAACCUCAUCUGCCCACCCAGCAGUGUUGCAGAGGGAAAAGGAGAAAGGGACAUCCAGGAAAAGUCACCUGCGGCUCUCACACACCUUCAUCUCUCAGAUGUUUUGGUGCUGUUGAUGAGAUUUUGUGUCACAGAAUAUGGAAUAAUAAUAAAGAGAAGCAGCUGUGAAACAGUA